GGCAGGAUCAAGAUUCAAGGAAAAAAACAUCUACAACGCAAAAGUAACGAAAAUCACCAUGGGUCAAGCAAGUUCCACACCGGCACCCCCACCGCCACCAGCGAAAGUAAGUGAUUUUGCUCCCCAUUUGUCGAUCACGAUGGUAGCAAGUUUCUGUUGCAAGCCGAACCGAAUCUAGAUACGUGCAUCUCAAUAAUUGCUUGCAUUGAUGUGAUCAUCUUCGAUCGAACCGUUSGUUAUCAUCUUUUUGCCUAUUUUAGGAAACCAAGAAAAAGCUUGGUAUUAAGACCGGAAAACCAAUUUGUUGCUGCUGUCCCGACACAAAAAAGGCACGCGACGAGUGUGUUGUAUUUCGUGGGGAAGAAGAUCCGGAUUGUAUGAAAUUGAUCGAGGCGCACAAGAUGUGCUUGCGCGAAGAAGGAUUUGACGUAAAAUAGAAAAACAGACAUUAUACUAAAAUAAUGAUGGCACG